AUGAAGCCACGCCAUACCGAUCUCAGUACUGUUCAUUUUGCCCGAGAUCAAGCUGCCAUUCAGUUACCAUCGGAAUCAGCUCAGUCUAUCUUUUACAGUUCUACUGGGAGCUUGAAUCAUGCGAACCUCCGAAGGCAUCUACAACCCCUUACUGGACAACCACUACCAUCAUCAUCAUCAUCGUCGCCUAGGAUACCAGGUACAUCAUCCAAUCCACCGCCAAGACUUGUACGCCAAGAUGCUUUCUUCAACGAAGAGACUCCUCCUUUGAGUGAUGACACAUCUAUACCAGCACCCAUUCGACGACGAUGCAAAGUAUGCUUCAGCAUGACAGAGCCAUUGAUAAAAUCGCCAUGUCAAUGCUGGGAUCCACCGAGUUAUAUCCAUCAAACUUGUCUUAUCGAUACGCUUUCAUCUACUGCAUCCUCUAAGCAUUGCAGCUCAUGCCAUUCUAUAUAUAACGUCAAUAUGAUAAACACCUUACGACGACCACCAUCACAACAACAACGACAACAAAGACCACCACCAAAUGGCUACUAUCGAGGGUCGUUAUGGAAAACGAUCAUGAUCGUCGCUGCUACUACUUUAAUCAUGGAAACCUACCGAUGCACCGAAUUGCAACAGAUACCUGGAUCCGAAUUGGAUGAUGAUGGUGGUGGAGCAGCUCCCGAUUACAUUUGGCUUCCGGUUGUGCAACACCAAUGCUGGCAAGAAAGUCUCUUGGCAAUGUUUUGGCGAUCCAUGAAAUCCUAUCCUUUUCUUGCCAGCGUUUCACUGAUGCUAUUAGUAGUUGUCAUUUGUAUACUUGAUAAAAUGGGCUAUUGA